AUGGUUCUGGGUUUUCUGGACUCAGACCCAGACGGACUCAGACCCAGCGGACUCAGACCCAGACGGACUCAGACCCAGACGUACUCAGACCCAGAUGGACUCAGACCCAGACGGACUCAGACCCAGACGGACUCAGACCCAGAGGACUCAGACCCAGACGGACUCAGACCCAGACGGACUCAGACCCAGCGGACUCAGACCCAGACGGACUCAGACCCAGACGGACUCAGACCCAGACGGACUCAGACCCAGACGACUCAGACCCAGACGGACUCAGACCCAGACGGACUCAGACCCAGACGGACUCAGACCCAGACGGACUCAGACCCAGUGGAGACCUGUGAGACUGGACUGAGUGUGAAAGAUGGUUUUGGGACAGCUCUAAUCAUCAGGUUCAUCAUCAUCAGGUUCAUCAUCAUCAGGUUCAUCAUCAUCAGGUUCAUCAUCAUCAGGUUCAUCAUCAUCAGGAUCAUCAUCAUCAGGUUCAUCAUCAUCAGGAUCAUCAUCAUCAGGAUCAUCAUCAUCAGGUUCAUCUUCAUCAGGUUCAUCAUCAUCAGGAUCAUCAUCAUCAGGAUCAUCAUCAUCAGGAUCAUCAUCAUCAGGUUCAUCAUCAUCAGGUUCAUCAUCAUCAGGAUCAUCAUCAUCAGGAUCAUCAUCAUCAGGUUCAUCUUCAUCAGGUUCAUCAUCAUCAGGAUCAUCAUCAUCAGGAUCAUCAGUACAGUGCACGUGUCCUCUACAGUGCACGUGUCCUCUACAGUGCACGUGUCCUGUACAGUGCACGUGUCCUGUACAGUGCACGUGUCCUCUACAGUGCACGUGUCCUCUACAGUGCACGUGUCCUCUACAGCGCACGUGUCCUCUACAGCGCACGUGUCCUCUACAGUGCACGUGUCCUGUACAGUGCACAUGUCCUCUACAGUGCACGUGUCCUCUACAGCGCACGUGUCCUCUACAGCGCACGUGUCCUCUAUAGUGCACGUAUCCUGUACAGUGCACGUGUCCUCUACAGUGCACGUGUCCUCUACAGUGCACUUGUCCUCUACAGUGCACGUGUCCUCUACAGUGCACGUGUCCUCUACAGUGCACGUGUCCUGUACAGUGCACGUGUCCUCUACAGUGCACGUGUCCUGUACAGUGCACGUGUCCUGUACAGUGCACGUGUCCUGUACAGUGCACGUGUCCUGUACAGUGCACGUGUCCUGUACAGUGCACGUGUCCUCUACAGUGCACGUGUCCUGUACAGUGCACGUGUCCUCUACAGUGCACGUGUCCUGUACAGUGCACGUGUCCUCUACAGUGCACGUGUCCUCUACAGUGCACGUGUCCUGUACAGUGCACGUGUCCUCUUCAGUGCACGUGUCCUGUACAGUGCACGUGUCCUCUACAGUGCACGUGUCCUGUACAGUGCACGUGUCCUCUACAGUGCACGUGUCCUGUACAGUGCACGUGUCCUGUACAGUGCACGUGUCCUCUACAGUGCACGUGUCCUCUACAGUGCACGUGUCCUGUACAGUGCACGUGUCCUCUAAAGUGCAUGUGUCCUGUACAGUGCACGUGUCCUGUACAGUGCACGUGUCCUGUACAGUGCACGUGUCCUCUACAGUGCACGUUUCUUCUACAGUGCACGUGUCCUGUACAGUGCACGUGUCCUCUAGAGCGCACGUGUCCUCUACAGCGCACGUGUCCUCUACAGCGCACGUGUCCUCUACAGCGCACGUGUCCUCUACAGUGCACGUGUCCUGUACAGCGCACGUGUCCUCUACAGUGCACGUGUCCUCUACAGUGCACGUGUCCUGUACAGUGCACGUGUCCUCUACAGCGCACGUGUCCUCUACAGCGCACGUGUCCUCUACAGUGCAUGUGUCCUCUACAGCGCACGUGUCCUCUACAGUGCACGUGUCCUGUACAGUGCACGUGUCCUGUACAGUGCACGUGUCCUGUACAGUGCACGUGUCCUCUACAGUGCACGUGUCCUGUACAGUGCACGUGUCCUCUACAGUGCACGUGUCCUCUACAGUGCACGUGUCCUGUACAGUGCACGUGUCCUCUAAAGUGCACGUGUCCUGUACAGCGCACGUGUCCUCUACAGCGCACGUGUCCUCUACAGCGCACGUGUCCUCUACAGCGCACGUGUCCUCUACAGUGCACGUGUCCUGUACAGUGCAUGUGUCCUGUACAGCGCACGUGUCCUCUACAGUGCACGUGUCCUCUACAGUGCACGUGUCCUGUACAGUGCACGUGUCCUCUACAGCGCACGUGUCCUCUACAGCGCACGUGUCCUCUACAGUGCACGUGUCCUGUACAGUGCACGUGUCCUGUACAGUGCACGUGUCCUGUACAGUGCACGUGUCCUCUACAGUGCACGUGUCCUGUACAGUGCACGUGUCCUGUACAGUGCACGUGUCCUCUACAGUGCACGUGUCCUCUACAGUGCACGUGUCCUGUACAGUGCACGUGUCCUCUAAAGUGCACGUGUCCUGUACAGCGCACGUGUCCUCUACAGCGCACGUGUCCUCUACAGCGCACGUGUCCUCUACAGCGCACGUGUCCUCUACAGUGCACGUGUCCUGUACAGUGCACGUGUCCUUGCACGUGUCCUCUACAGCGCACGUGUCCUCUACAGCGCACGUGUCCUCUACAGUGCACGUGUCCUGUACAGUGCACGUGUCCUGUACAGUGCACGUGUCCUGUACAGUGCACGUGUCCUCUACAGUGCACGUGUCCUCUACAGCGCACGUGUCCUCUACAGCGCACGUGUCCUCUACAGCGCACGUGUCCUGUACAGUGCACGUGUCCUGUACAGUGCACGUGUCCUCUACAGCGCACGUGUCCUCUACAGUGCACGUGUCCUGUACAGUGCACGUGUCCUCUACAGUGCACGUGUCCUCUACAGUGCACGUGUCCUGUACAGUGCACGUGUCCUCUAAAGUGCACGUGUCCUGUACAGCGCACGUGUCCUCUACAGCGCACGUGUCCUCUACAGCGCACGUGUCCUCUACAGCGCACGUGUCCUCUACAGUGCACGUGUCCUGUACAGUGCAUGUGUCCUGUACAGCGCACGUGUCCUCUACAGUGCACGUGUCCUCUACAGUGCACGUGUCCUGUACAGUGCACGUGUCCUCUACAGCGCACGUGUCCUCUACAGCGCACGUGUCCUCUACAGUGCACGUGUCCUGUACAGUGCACGUGUCCUGUACAGUGCACGUGUCCUGUACAGUGCACGUGUCCUCUACAGUGCACGUGUCCUGUACAGUGCAUGUGUCCUGUACAGUGCACGUGUCCUCUACAGUGCACGUGUCCUCUACAGUGCACGUGUCCUGUACAGUGCACGUGUCCUCUAAAGUGCACGUGUCCUGUACAGCGCACGUGUCCUCUACAGCGCACGUGUCCUCUACAGCGCACGUGUCCUCUACAGCGCACGUGUCCUCUACAGCGCACGUGUCCUCUACAGUGCACGUGUCCUGUACAGUGCACGUGUCCUGUACAGUGCAUGUGUCCUGUACAGCGCACGUGUCCUCUACAGUGCACGUGUCCUGUACAGUGCACGUUUCCUCUACAGUGCACGUGUCCUCUACAGCGCACGUGUCCUCUACAGCGCACGUGUCCUCUACAGUGCACGUGUCCUGUACAGUGCACGUGUCCUGUACAGUGCACGUGUCCUGUACAGUGCACGUGUCCUGUACAGUGCACCUGUCCUCUACAGUGCACGUGUCCUCUACAGCGCACGUGUCCUCUACAGCGCACGUGUCCUCUACAGUGCACGUGUCCUGUACAGUGCACGUGUCCUGUACAGUGCACGUGUCCUGUACAGUGCACGUGUCCUCUACAGCGCACGUGUCCUCUACAGUGCACGUGUCCUGUACAGUGCACGUGUCCUGUACAGUGCACGUGUCCUGUACAGUGCACGUGUCCUCUACAGUGCACGUGUCCUGUACAGUGCACGUGUCCUGUACAGUGCACGUGUCCUCUACAGCGCACGUGUCCUCUACAGUGCACGUGUCCUUGCACGUGUCCCCUACAGUGCACGUGUCCUCUACAGUGCACGUGUCCUCUACAGUGCACGUGUCCUGUAUAGUGCACCUGUCCUCUACAGUGCACGUGUCCUCUACAGUGCACGUGUCCUCUACAGUGCACGUGUCCUGUACAGUGCACGUGUCCUUGCACGUGUCCUGUACAGUGCACGUGUCCUCUACAGUGCACGUGUCCUCUACAGUGCACGUGUCCUCUACAGUGCACGUUUCCUCUACAGUGCACGUGUCCUGUACAGUGCACGUGUCCUCUACAGUGCACGUGUCCUCUACAGUGCACGUGUCCUCUACAGCGCACGUGUCCUCUAAAGUGCACGUGUCCUGUACAGCGCACGUGUCCUCUACAGUGCACGUGUCCUCUAAAGUGCACGUGUCCUGUACAGCGCACGUGUCCUCUACAGCGCACGUGUCCUCUACAGCGCACGUGUCCUCUACAGCGCACGUGUCCUCUACAGUGCACGUGUCCUGUACAGUGCACGUGUCCAGGGCUCUGGGUCUAGGUCUGGGGUCUGGGGUCUGA